AGGUAGCAGUGACCCCUACUGUAUUGUGAAAAUUGACAAUGAAACAAUAAUUAGGACAGCCACAGUGUGGAAAACUCUCUUUCCUUUUUGGGGUGAAGAAUAUGAAGUUCACUUGUCUCCCAGUUUCCAUUGUGUAUCCUUCUAUGUGAUGGAUGAAGAUGCAUUGAGCCGGGAUGACGUCAUUGGGAAAGUGUGCAUCCCUCAAAGUUUGUUGGCCGAUCAUCCGAAAGGCUACAGUGGUUGGUUGAACCUCACGGAAAUUGACCCCGAUGAGGAAGUGCAAGGAGAAAUCCACCUGCAGAUCGAGAUCAUCGGCAACAGUGCUGCAAGGAAGUUGCGCUGUGUUGUGUUUGAUGCCAGGGAUUUAGCUCGGAAAGAUCGGAAUGGAGCUUCUGAUCCUUUUGUCAGAGUCCGCUAUAACGGCAAAAUCCAGGAGACUUCAGUGAUCAAAAAGUCUUGCUACCCCAGAUGGAACGAGACCUUUGAGUUUGACUUGAAUGAGUCAGCCACAGAAAAGCUGUGUAUUGUUGAAGUCUGGGAUUGGGAUCUUGUCAGCAGGAAUGAUUUUUUGGGGAAGGUGGUAUUUGAUGUCCAAAGGCUGAAGGCUGUCCAGCGAGAAGAAGGAUGGUUUUUGCUCCGCCCAGACAAAUCCAAACCAAGAUUGGAUGAAGGGAAUCUAGGCUCCUUGCAACUUCAGGUACAGCUUCGGGAUGAGAUGGUUCUGCCAUCCAUCUACUAUCAGCCUUUCGUUGAGCUGUUGUGCCAGGAAGUUAAAGCAGGGAUAAAGAACCAGAAACCGCACUUAAUAACCCUGAUUGAUGAGACCACAACAGCUGAAUGCAGACAGGAACUUGCAGUCAACCUUGUCAAGCUCUUCUUGGGCCAAGGCUUGAUUAAAGAGUUCUUGGACCUCCUCUUCAAACUGGAGCUGGACAAAACCUCUGAACCCAACACGUUGUUUCGAAGCAACUCUUUAGCUUCUAAGUCUAUGGAGUCAUUUCUGAAGGUGGCAGGUAUGCAAUACCUCCAUCGAAUCCUUAGGCCAUCUAUCAACCGAGUGUUUGAAGAGAAGAGAUACAUCGAACUAGAUCCCAGCAAAGUGGAAAGCAAAGAGAUCGGAUGCUCUAGCCUUCACCGGAUCCACAGUGAAAGUGAGGUGAUCCAGCAGAGCGGCCAGUUCCUUCAGUCGUAUCUGACUGACCUACUGAACACCAUCACCAGGUCUGCCAAGAUGUGCCCGCCUGUCAUCCGUGCCACUUUUCAGCUCCUUUUCAAGAGAGUUGCAGAACGGUUCCCCGAAGAGAAAAAUCAGAAUGUGAAAUUCAUUGCCAUCACAAGCUUCCUCUGCCUACGAUUCUUCUCUCCAGCCAUUAUGUCCCCCAAACUUUUCCACCUAUGGGAGAAGCAUGCCGAUGCUCACAUCAGCCGGGCUCUGCUUUUGCUGGCCAAGGCUGUCCAAAACGUGGGGAACAUGGACAACAGCAUCAGCCGCACCAAGGAAGCCUGGAUGGCCCCCCUGCAAGCCACCAUUCAACGCGGUGUUGCCCAGAUGAAGCAGUUCAUCCUGCAGCUAAUUGACAUUGAGGAGAAAGAUGAAUUAGACCUGCAGAAGCCCAUCUCCCUGCAACCUCAGGUUGUAAAAGAAGGGUACCUGUUCAUCCACAAGGCGAGAAGCAAGGGGCCUCUCCUCUCGUUCUCUUUCAAGAAGCUCUAUUUCACUUUAACCCAUGAGGCUCUCACCUGCGCCAAGACACCCAACUCCAAGAAAAGCUCCUUUGUGCCACUGAGUAGUAUCCGGGCAGCUGAGAAAGUAGAGGAGAAGAGUUUCGGUAUCUCCCAUGUCAUGCAGAUCAUCUACACUAAUGAUGCUGGGCAAGAAGACACAGCUUACCUGCAGUGCAAGUGUGUGAAUGAGCUGAGCCAGUGGCUCUCAGCCUUACGGAAAGUCUGCAGGAACAAUGUGGGAAUGCUAUGUUCCUAUCAUCCAGGGGUUUUCAGAGGAGACAAAUGGAGCUGCUGCCACCUAAAGGACAAAGCAGGUCUUGGUUGUGACAAAACCCGGCAUGGAGUUACUCUGCGGGAAUGGAACGAUCCCUUGGAUCCUGACUUGGAGGCUCAGCUGAUAUUCCAGCAUCUGCUUGCAAUUCAAGAAGUAAUGAGGGAAAAGUAUGAGGAACUGACAGUUCUGGAAAAAAAUGAAAAACAUCAGAGUGAAGAUCCUGAAAAUGCUGAUCGCCCUUUCAGGCUUUUCCAGAUACUACACGAUUUAGAAGAAAUAUAUCAAAAGGAGGUUUCGCACUCCAUUGACAUGGCCCAGCAGAAUCAGAAUCACUUGGUGGAACUGCAGACGUGACUCGCAC